CGCACCACGCGCGCAACCACCACUAGCUAUGAUAUCAGCUACGCGCCGCUGGUUUCGGCGCAACCGCGCAGGCCUCGCCAUCGGCGCUGGCGUCCUCGGUGCUGGCUAUCUCGCCGGCCAGUACAUCCUCGCCAAGCUCACCGAAGCCCGUCAGCGCAUGAGCGACGAGCGCAUCUCUAGAGAAAACCUGCGCCGCCGUUUCGAGCAGAACCAGGAAGACUGCACCUUCACCGUCCUCGCCAUCCUCCCCACCGCCACCGACAACAUCGUGCAAGCUCUGCUGGUCGAAGAGACCCUGGACGAGUUGCAGAAGCAGAAGAGCGAGCGCCUGUCUCGCAGCGUCGCACCCUCUGACGUUGCACCUACCGAUGCCCCGUCGGAAUCGCCAAGUGCCAAUGAAGACGAUGGCCGGAGCUUGAAGAGCUUCCAAAGUGAGAGUUACGUUCAUGCAAGCCAGAUCGGAGAGGGCCUUGGUGCCAAUGGCGAAGGGGCUCGCCCGCGGCCAAAAAAGACCAAGGCACAACUGUGGAAUGACAUGAAGAUCAACUCCAUCGCACGAGCCUUUACCCUACUCUACACCCUUUCGCUACUUACCCUCUUGACCCGCAUCCAGCUCAACCUCCUUGGCCGUCGCAACUACCUAGCCAGCGUUGUCUCCCUUGCUUCAUCACCCGCACACGGCACGCGUAUCAGUCUCGAGAACCACGAUGACGAUAACAUGGAGCAGUCGUAUGGCAAUGAUUUUGAGACAAACCGCAGGUACCUCUCGUUUAGCUGGUGGCUGCUUCACAGGGGCUAUAAAGAUGUCAUGGAGAGAGUGCUCACUGCCGUGAAGGAAGUCUUUGGGCCGUUGAACCCGCGGGAAGAGAUCACUUUGGAGAGAUUGUCGGAAUUGACUCUCGAAGUGCGGAAGAAGGUCGAGGGCGCAACAGAGGAAGAGCGGAAGUCGGCCAAGUGGUUGACCUAUCUCCUUCCCCCAGCUGGGCAGGAAUCCUAUGUUCUGACCGAAUCCGGCAUGACAACUGGCGAAACUCCAGAGGUCUUUGCUCCCAACACCCCUCUUCGCCGUCUCCUGGAUGAGACGUCCGAUAUUAUCGAUUCGCCUUCUUUCACCCAUGUGCUCACUCGCCUUCUGGACUCUACCUUCUCCGUUCUUGUCGACAACAAGCUUGCCACGUUGUCCUUCAAGUUGCCCCCUGUCUCCGCAUCGACUGCUCGUAUCGUUGAACUCACGGAUCCCAAAUCCGCAAAAACCAAGAUCGCGAACACUCUUGCGGUCUUUUGUCGCCAAGCCCAUGCGAUUGGCUCUGGUACCAACAAUGAAUAUCUCGAGGCUAUGGAAAGCGUGCGCGACCUUGAAGCUUUUGCCGCCGUCGUGUACAGCAGCAAUUUCGACUACGAGGCGCCCGAGGAUACGGGAAAGGGUACGGAGACAAGGCCGACCACUGCUGGGACGUAUGUGGAGGAGCCAGCUCCAUUGGGUGGUGAAGCAAGUAUCAUAGAGAAGGAUUCCGGGUUUGAGGCUGCCUGGGGCAAAGCAAUGGCCAAAGACGAAGGCAAGGGUUCCUCAGUGUAAAAUGAAAGGCGUUGCCGAGGAAGGAGAAUGUACCAUAGCGGUGUUGGUCGGUCGCUGUCACUGAUACCCAGAACUAAGAUCGCCGUUUUGUCUUAGCAUGGCUGUUAAACUCGCUAGCUUUUUGGAUCGCCACCG